GUGCAGCCCCUGGAUUGUCAGCUGUCUAAAGCUCUAUAUUUAUUUCUACUUCAUUGCUUCAGCUUGUUUUUGUGUCCUCUCUUUAUUUUGAAGGACCUUCUGUUUGGAGAAGAGGUGAAAAGCAACUCAAAUAAGGUAAAAAGUGAUUCAAGAUGCUCACAAAUAUUGGUGAUAUGGCUGAAGAAAUUAAACUCUCCAAGACAGAUGACCAGCCUUGGGGAUUUCGUGUUACCGGAGGACUGGACUUUGGGACACCUGUAACAGUGAUAAAGGUAACAGCAAGCAGUCUGGCAGAGCUAGCAGGUUUGAAAGUGGGGGACAUGUUACUACAGGCCAAUGGACAACCGCUUUCAUUCAUGACACACCACGAGUAUUCAAAAUUUCUUGCGGAAGCGGGUAAUUUUAUCGAACUUGUCAUUGUAAGAGGUAGUCUGGUUUUGCCACCAACUUUAGCUGCUCUUGAACCUACAGCAACAGAGGGAAGUGAAAUUAACAAAGAAGAAUCACAAGGCACCUCUAACACCAAACCACUUCCAUCUUCAGAACCUAGUCUAUUUGAAAGCAUUUUUGGUCCACUAGAUGAACAUGAAGAUGUGACGUGUUCUGAAGAUGUAAUUCAUGAAUUGAAUGAUCAGCCAAGCCAACAACUUGAAUUAACUAUAGAUGCCCAAACUCAAAAUGAAGAAGCUGCAACACCAGUAUUAUCUAAGUCAGCUGCUGAAGAAAAUGAUACAGUCGUCAUGCCAGAACAAGCAGGAAAUGAAUCACAGUCACAAUCCCUAGAACACGAAGUAAAAGUGCAGACAGAAGAAACAAUAUCUGAGAAAGUGAAAAAAGAACUAACAGAAGAGGAAAUUGUUGACAUAAUGGUGGGUCCCGCUGAGGUUUUGACAGGAACAACUAUUGGAGUGGAUUUUGACAAACUGGAACCAAGGAAUGAUGUUAUUGAAAAGUCACAAGUUUUACAAGUGUUGAAAGAAGAGGAAAGUGAGCUUGAAAAGAAGAAGCUAACUACUUUUUUACAGGUGCCAAACCGGCCAAAGGUAAAACCAAAAGAAAGGCCCAAACAAUCCCAAGCACUACCUAAACAGCCAGAGGCACAAACAGAGGAAACACCAAAUCAAGAAAUAAGUCAAAAUGAAGAACAAACAACAGAAAGUGAUCAACCAAAAACAGAACAGGAAGUAGAAGACACUCAGUUAACUGAGAAGGAACAACUAGAAGGAACUGAGCUACCAAAGGAAAAAGAAGAGGAAAACGAAAUUAAUAAUGAUACUGUAGAACAACCGCAAGCCGAAGAACCUGAUGAAAUAAACGACAAUAAACUGCUGGAUAUUCAAAGCCAAUUGACUGCAUUACUGCAGUUGCCAGCAGUAAUGCAGCAACAGCUUUCAAUCAUUCAGCAGCAGAUAACAAACAUUAUGCAACAGAAACUGGCUGAAGUAAACCCUGAACCAGCAGAGGAAGAAACAGAAGCUGGGAAAGAAGAAGGUGCUGCAGAAACGGAUAAAAAAUCAGAAAAUAAAGAUGAACAACAAGAAUUACAAGACAGUGGUGAAGAAUUACAAGAUGGUGGUGAAGAAAAAGAAAUUGCCGAAGAAGGACAGAAAGUAGCAGACACAAAUCAGAACGUAGAUGUUGACCAAGACAUUGAAGGAGAAACUGACAAGUUAGCUAGCAUGACAGAAAACCCAGACACACAGCCACAAAAUGAAACUAAUGAAGAAACUUCAAAAGAGGAACAUAAACGUGAUAUUAAGUGGCAGAGGGAGAGGCCUAAGAAGAAUAAGCCCUUAUUCCCACUUACGCCACAUCCUAGGCCAAUUGUGCUACCAGGGAGAAUAAAAUUUCAGAUGAAUCCCGAAGAGGCUUAUGACGACGAUUUCAUUGCAGAAACACUGAGUGGAAAUGCUGAAGUAAUUAAAGGUACAGCAUUAGGGGUAAAUUUCCAAAAAUAUCACCGGAGCUAUGACCACUUGAAAUCAUCAAGUGUGUAUCGUAUGAUUCAUGAAACAGAUAAGAGACAUCCUGGUGCUUUUGAAGGUCGACCAUACAAGAUACCAGCCUUGGAGGACUAUAAACAACUAUUACAGAAUGGUGAAAACUAAAUGGUGAACAAAAGAAGAAUAUGUAUUAAUAAUAGGUAGGUAUCAAUGGCAGAAUCAUUUUUAAUUUCCUCAUGUACAUGGUAUAGAGAAAGAUCCUUAAAAAUGAAAAAUCAUGGGACUUAAACAAAAAUUUGUGUACCCUCAGGUUAAAAUGGAAAGAGAGUGAAUUUAUGAAUUGUUGGUGUCUUUGAGGGCACAUCUAACACAAAAAUCUUACAAAUAUCAAUCUAACCUUAAAUAUGUGACUAUCCUACAUGAAGAACAAAGCAUAAAACUAAAAUAGCAUCAAAAUUGCUACAAUGAUUAUCAUCAAACUUUAAUCAUUUAUAGACAAAAUGAUCUCAUGCUAUAUCUUACAGAUAAAUAAAUAAAAAAUUACACGGCACUCUUAAAAUGCCUUUACUUGAUAUGCAUGCUGACUCAUGAAAGUCUAAGCACUGUGUUUAUAUUUGAAAUUGCACAUUUUGCUGGCCUUGUCAUUGGAACAUACAUACAAGUUUUUGGGCCACAGCACAUACUUUAUCAGGGUGUAAAGCAUGCAUCUGUGAAUUUAUUCACCACUAUUCAUACACCAUCCUCAACCUCAAGUAGUGGUAAAUUUAAGAAACUUGGUCUUGGGAAGACAAAAUCCUGAUUAUACAAAAAAAAAAAAAAAAAAAAAAAUACAAGGUCAAGUCAGCAAUGUUACACUUAACUGCAUGAUUUAAAUCUUAAGUGACCUCACUAUUGCCAGGAACAACGUAACUGCUAUUAUAAUGUGUGAUAAUUACAAGUAAUAAAGAUAUUUGCCUCUGUACUAGAUUUGUGAGAAAUUGGAUCUGGGGAAAGUAAUUAAUGGCACAAUAAACCAGUUUUCUGGAGUCACAUUAAAUAUUACAGACAUAUCCAGAGGUACAACCGUUUUGGUAGUCCACAAUAAAUGUGACUUUGAAGCUCUAUGAACUUUAAAUUUAUUGCUUAUAUUCAGUCUGUUUUACAGUACUACCCAAUUUAAUAUUUGAUAGUUCUGCAAUACUUUAGACACGUGUAAGAGGUCAUAGAUAAAUUUGACACUGAAGAUGGCUGUCCUCUGGGUUGUUGCAACAUGUAGACUAGUAGAAGUUUACCAACAUUUCAGAGGUCCUUGCCACUUCCAUCAUCAGGGUGAUUCUACCAGACUACAUAGUCCAACAACCCAGAAGACAGCCAUCUCCAGACUCACCACCAUAAAAAACUCAAAUUGUACAAAGUUGGUACUAAUGUUUAACUGAUACAAUUUUGAAAAUGUAUGAUGGCAAGUCUGAGGCAUUCAGUUCCAUUACAUACUGGAUUAAACCAGUUUAGUUUCUGAAUGAUCAGACUAUAAAUUAUAAAUUGUUAAAGAAAAGACAGUUAAGUCACUAAAUAUCACUUUUCAGGAAAGGUCAAAACAAACCUAUGCAGUGAUGUACUAAACUAAGUAUUUCAUUAUGUCACUAAAUGAAAAGUUUUGUGAUCCAGUAAUAUAACUGUCUUUACUUCAUACCUUAAAUAUGGAGAAUUUCAUGAUGUACUUAUCUUAGACUUUAAAAAUAAAGUGUGGCUUACAUGGAGGACAUCCCACUGUGAAGUGGGCAUAUCCUCUGUGUAGAGAUCUCAAUUAAAUAAACAUGAAGGACAAAACAUAAAAUUGUGAUAAACUUGAAUAUUUCUCUGAUGCUUAAAAUGUACCAAAAUUAAUUAUUCUCUCAAGAAUUCCCUUCAUUUAAUACAUACAAUGAAUGUGUACUUCUCAAAUGUAUUUUCUGAUAAUUAUGGAUUGUGCCACUACCUUAUUAAAACUGAAACAAAUUACAACUUUGGUAGAAUGCUAGGAUAGUUCAGAAGGGAAAAGGCAGUGCCAAUGUUGUAGAUGAAAUAUUUUGUAGUAUCUUCUAAUACCAUGUACACUAGACCUUACUUUAGAAAUCUACAUUAAUUUCAAAAAUAAUCCACAUACUGUUACUGGUUAAUUUUAAUGUUACUGGUUUAUAGAAAUGUAAGUCAAAAUACAAAAAGUGUACAAAACCAAA